AUGCCCCGCGUCGCGGCGUCUGCCGAGGAAAGGGCAGGAGAGGGCCGGGCCCCGCCAGCGGCCGCCCAGCUCGCACGUGCUUCCACGCCGCUCCGCUUAAAGAGCCGCCCCGACGGCAGCAGCGCGCCGAGCGCGAUGCGGCUGCUGCCGCUGCUCUUCUUGCUGCUGGCGGGCGAGCGCGGGGAGCGUCAGGCGGCCCGUCGCGUCGCCUCCUGUCCGCAGCAGCAUUCCCCGCGACGGCUCAGCGGGCGCGAGAAGCGGGAGAUGCAGCGCGAGAUCCUGGCUCUGCUGGGCUUGCCGGGCAGGUCCGCUCCGGCCGGCGCCCGCCACUCGCCGCCCCCCUCCGCCGCCCCUCUCUUCAUGCUGGACUUGUACCGGGCCAUGGCCAGCCAGGACGAGGACGACGGCACCAGCUGGGCGCCCCAGCGGAGGAGGGCGCUCGACGGCGCGGACACCGUCAUGAGCUUUGUCAACGUGGUUGAACUGGACAGAGAUAUCUUCUAUCAAAAGCCGUACUGGAAGGAGUUCAGGUUCGACUUAACCCAGAUCCCAACAGGGGAGUCUGUAACAGCAGCUGAGUUCCGCAUUUACAAGAUGCAGAGUGUCACUCGCCAUAUCAAUCAAACCCUGCACGUCAGCAUUUAUGAGAUUGUCCAAGAUCACCCCAACAGAGAAUCGGAGUUACUCCUUUUGGAUCUGCAGGAUUUUCUGGCUGGGACAGAGGGCUGGCUGGCUUUUGAUGUCGCAGCUGCCAGUAAUCACUGGUUGUUAAACCGCAAAUACAACCUGGCCUUGAGACUUUACGUUGAAACGGAUGCUGGGCAGAGCAUCGAUCCUGGAUUGGCAGGCCUCUUGGGUCGCCAUGGGCCACGCUCCAAGCAGCCCUUCGUGGUGACAUUCUUCCGGGCAAGCCAGAGCCCAGCCAGGCUCCCCCGAGCUGUCAGGCAGCCAAGGAAGAAGCAGCACAAGAGGACCAACAGCUUCCCACACGCGAAUAGGCUUCCAGGAUCAUUCGAUGACGUUCAUCCUUCUGAAGGGAAACACGUGUGCAGGAGACAGGAGUUGUACGUCAGCUUUCAAGACCUUGGAUGGCUGAACUGGGUGAUUGCCCCCCAAGGCUACUCGGCCUUCUACUGCCAAGGAGACUGUGCUUUCCCUCUGGAUUCCUGCAUGAAUGCCACCAACCAUGCCAUCCUCCAGUCCCUGGUCCACCUGAUGAAGCCAGACACAGUUCCCAAGGCUUGCUGCGCCCCCACCAAACUCAGUGCCACGUCCGUGCUCUAUUAUGACAGCAACAACAACGUCAUCCUCAAGAAACACCGCAACAUGGUGGUGAAGACGUGUGGCUGCCUCUGAUGCCCUGGGAGACCCUUGGCCUGC